CCGGAGGGGCGGAACAAGAACGUAACCAUCAAAGAAUGUACCCUGGAGAGUGAUCUAUACGCCAUCGGCUUCCGGCGGUAUCAUUUCCUGGGGGAAACAGAUGAGAAGUAACCCCUCCUGGACAGCGCCUUCGAGGAAACAGGAGGUAGCUUCCGAGGGCCUCGCAUUUUGUACUUAGGAAUUUUUGCAUUUUUGAUGUUAUUCCGAUUCUCAUAUUUGACCCCUCGACCUUACUUUCCUGUGUUGCCUUGCAGGUAUUCCGGUGUCUAAGAUGAAUGUGAAAGGCUUUGUCGGGCUGAAGAAGAAAUCUGCCAAAGAGCCGAAGAAGAAAGAGGCGGGUCUCCAGAAGACCGUUGAUGAAAUCUUGCCGAGGGGUUCUGGGCCCUCGACUUUAUCUGCUAAUGAGGUCGCCGGUGCUGCCAAGAGGAAAGCAGCCAGCAAGGACGUUGCCCCCUUUGACAAGAAGGCGAAGAAGCAGGAGACCGGGAAGAAGGCUCCCCCGGUCUUGAUAGUCGAUGAUCAGCCGACUUCCGAGCCUCUGGUUGUGGCGGCCUCGGCUUCGGUUGAAGCUCCAUCGGGAGACUCCCCCUGGAGACGGUCGACCCGAAGGCGUUUUUGAGGGGCAUCACUGCGGUCUGCGGGGAUGGAUAGGUCAGCCCUCGGCGCUUAUGACGAUGACGCCCUCGAAGAGUAGAUCCUCCGGUCUUCCUUGACUGCCUGCAUUGCCCUCGGCGAGCAGUCCCGGAGGUUAGAGGAGUGGCGCCUUCACAAGGCCGAGCAGGAUGAGAAGAUGAAGCUGCUCAUCCAUCAGAAUUCUGAUGUCGUAAAGCAGAUGGCCCAGCUGGAGGAGAGCCUUCGGCAGAUGGAGCUGCAACUGGAGGCAGCUAACCGGAGCAAGGCCGAAGCUGAGAGGUCCGCUGCUGAGGCCAUCAAGAAGGCCGCUGAGGAGGCCGAGGCCACCAAGGCGGAGGCCGUCGCCAAGGCGCGGGAGGGUGCCAUCUGCGGGUAUCUGGAGGAGGGGUGGAAGGCUGAGGGACGCAAGCAGUGGUUGUCCUCGGUUGUGGAGGCGUCCGUUGAUGAGUGGUGUGAGGGCCCCAGUGUGGAGUGGUUGGCCCGAAAGGGCAAAGAAUAUUACGAUGGGGGCAAGUUCUUUACUCAGGCCCUCAUCUACCGGAGGAUGGCCCGGCACUUGAAAAUGGAGCCUAAAGACUUUGAUCCGGCAGCAUACGGCCUUCCUCCCCUGCAGCCAGAUGUUCGCGUGCCCCUUCCCCCAGAUGUUGAGAGGCCAGACUUGGAGGAUUCAGAACUGAUGAAGGAGGCCGAGGGCAAAGGAGAGACCGGAGGGGACAUCUCCUCGAAGCCAUCCGAAGAGGACGUCGAAGUUGUUUGAUGUGUAACCCGUAUUUGUCUAAUUUUAAACUGUCUUUGUAAUGUGAACAUCUCAUAGCUUUUGGCUUCGGCCUGUAUGUAUCCGACACCUCUCGAUAUUACUUCAUGAUUUCUGAAUGGAUGAAUGCCUGCCUUUGGGCCUCUUGUUU